AUGAUGGUAAGUAUGCCUUAAGAAUCUCACUCUGCCAAUCAUGUGACAGCUUUUACUCCACACAGACAUCCAUAUAACUUGUCAGGUCCAUUUUUUCAUGCCUUUUCAGCUCAGUUUGCAUGGUUAAAAAGGGUUUUCGAACUGCCUUAACUCAUACAUGUUGCAUGCCAUUAAAACUUGACAUUACUUAAAAUAUGUUUUGAUACUACAGGAAGAGGUAAAUGAAGCAACGCCUGCUCUGAGUGUCAGUGGUCCCACCAUCAAGGUUACAGAGGUGCAGAAAGAUGGGGACACACUUACUUUCCUUGUUGUAUCUCAAAAGGUGAGAAAACCAGUUGUCCACUUGUUACUUGCUGCAGGCUUUGUUUACACCUGAUCUAAAUAAGUGCUUAAAUCAAUAAGACAGUUCAGCUUGUUAUGCUUAAGUGACUGUGUUACGAAAACAGGGGAUGUAAUGUUGUCGCUAUUGUUUGUGUGUCAGGUAUCAGGGACAGGGGAGUACCAUGUGGACCGGACCUACAGUGACUUUGAGUGGCUCCAGUACCAUCUUGUCUGUCAGGAAGAUGUGCAUGGGAUGCAAGGAAUCAUAGUAAAUACUUCAUUUUUACCUCCUUAGAGGCACCAGCACGAAUUUCUCACUACAAGCCUUUAAUGCUACAAUAUUUGAUUUCUCAUCCCAUAUUUAGUUUUUUUGACUAACUUCUCACAGAUAGAAAAAAUAUCUGCUCAGACUAAAACUUCACUGAUGCUGUAUUGGAUUCAGGACAUAACUCCUAAAUAUGAAAACAUGAAACAAAGUCAAAAACUAUUCUUUUACCUCCAAACAUUGGCCGAGUAUUGGGAGCCUUUGUUUUCUUUAAGCAUGCGCCCUUGUUUCCCCUCUUUUCUCUGUAAUCAGGAAGCAGAUAUUGGCACUGUCAUUCUGCCAGCUGCCCCAGCACUGUAAAAAAUUAGGUGGAGCUUUGUAGCCUUUGAAAAACAUAACAUGAAGCCUCUCAGGAAGACUUUAUUUUAUACACUUCAUGGCAAAAAUAUUAAUCCUGUCUCCCAAACCAAGGACAUUAUGGAUAAAAAUGAAUUGGAAACAAUGACCAAAGUAAUCUCACUGUGAACAUUAAUUUUUGUAAUGAUAUAACUUUCUUUUUCUUUUUUCUUGAAGUUUCCUCCUCUUCCUCUAAAGGCUCAGAAUAAUGCAUCCACCAAGGUUUUAAACCGGCUUGGUGAGUACAUUAAAAUGAAAAUAUAUAUAUAUAUAUAUAUCUAUAUAUAUAAAAUUAACUGAAGGUUUUCUGCAUUUAAGUGUCUUUGUCCACAUGUAAAGAAUUAAUAUGAUAGAAGUGUUGGACAGACUUCUGAUAGUUUUCUUGAUUUUUCUCCCAGGAUUCCUUGGUCUAGGGGAGUGGCAGCCAUACUGUAAAGCUCUGGAAAUCUUCCUCCAGCAGGUUGCUGCACACAGCACACUCAGCAAAAAUCAAGCUGUGGAAAUCUUCCUAACCAGCCCAGAUGUAAGCGCUCAGAAAUAAACAGUUUUCUUUAUUCUCUAUACUGACAUAUACACACUUCUACAUGCAGCUUCAGUAAGAAGGACUAGUUUUAAAGUGCAAUACGGUGCAAUGUGAUACCUUUUAAGAGGGAGACAGGCAGUAUAUGGUUAAACUUUAACUGACAUUGUUUCAUUACAGAAAAAGAGACAAGUAACCGACAUGAUAUCGCAGUUUUUUUUACCAUAUGUGGAGGCAUUUAUGUUUUACAUCUGUCAUCAAAAAAUAAUACAGAUUCUGAAAAAGUCUAUGAUAUUUGGGAUAUUAGAAUAUUAACCGUUUUUUGAGAUGAGACAAAAUGAAGGCACCAAAAUGUUUCCAAGGGAGAAAAGUAUUGUAAAGUCCACCAAACAAACAUUCAAAUAUGUCUGCCUGCUGUUUGGGCUUGCAAAUAUUUCCUUGGAUGUGCAAAAAGACCUCACAGAGACACAGAUUUAAGAAUUAAGAAGCAUACAUUGUGGGGAGAAAUGAUGAAAGUGUCUUCUGUCGGUGUCAUUUCAAACUAAGGGUCGAAAUCAGUUACUGAACGAGUCUUACACUAGAUCAAUUUAUUGUUUGCGUGGAAAACUGAACUAUAACACUGCAGUCAAUGCUAAAGAGAAGUGAAGCAACAAUUACAAAGCAGGCAAACAUACAGCCGUAAUGACUCGGAAGUCCGUUUAAUUCCAUGACAUAUUUAGAUAACUAAAAGGGAUACUGUUGUCUUCAUUUUUAUUCUCUGGCCUCCAGGCGCACUCUCAUGUUGAGAAGGUUUCAUACCUUCUGUUUACUGUGCUAAAACAGUAUUUGCUCUAAAAACAUUUGAGCUUAUUUGUGCUCCUCUUUGCAGCCCCCAGGCAGACAGAAAGUGAAGAGAAACAUUUUCAGCAGGCUGAGUCAUGCUGUAGAGGAAAAGAGGAAAGAAGGCCACAAGGUACCCAACAGGGACUUACACAAACAGAUUUACAGCCUCUGCACCUGUAUGUUUGGUUUUAUUGUGAUUCUAUAUGUGUCUGCAGGAUAUUGAUGAGUACUUUCAGACUGAACGUGAUCAUAACAUUCUUAUAACAGGCUGUACCAAGACUGCAGCUGAGGUGAGCCAUACAACACUAUGUUUUAUUGUGUCAGAUCAGGUUAAACUUUAAACUAAUAAGGGUCUGUUUUCUUGUAGAAAUUCUUGGACUUGGUGCUGACAGAGCAGAGUAAGGAGACGUUUACUUUUUUCAGUAUCAAGUUUAGCAGGACAAAUGGAAGUGCUUAGUAGUUUGUGCAAUGUGGAAUUUAUGUUUCACUACAACUACAAGUUCUUUUCGUUAAUCCUCUCAAUUCUGCAAAUCGUAUUUAUCCAAGUCUGAUAGUGUGUGCUUGUGUUCCCUUUGUUUGCAGAAAUAGCAGUGGCCUGUGGGCACUUUUCCACCGCCCUGCAUCUCUGUGUGGAACCAGGGGAGGAUCCGGACAAACAGGCUUUUACAAAGUGAGUCAAAAAUAACAUCAAUUAUACGCAAACAUCACAUGAGGUCUUAUAAGAAUGCUUGAGCAGAAGUCGGCAAACUGACCAUGCUUUCUUCUUGCAGGGCUUGUGUGAAGUUAUCUGAAGUGUUUGAUUCCUUGAAGGUGGGUUUGCUCAUUUCAAAUCAAUAAAAGUGAUGCGCCAUUGUUUCGCCAAGCAUUUUGCAAAUAUUUUUGCUUGUGUGUGUUUUUGUGCAGAAAAACAUGACAAGUGUUGCUGAAAAUGACAUGAACACUAUUGGUCUUGGUUUGGACCUGGAUUCACGCUACCAAGAGGCAGAAAAGGUGCAUCUUCUUUUUCUAAUGCCAAUUAAUCAGAAAUAUGACAAUAUCAGUCUGAAAUUUGUUUUUAUGAUCAACUUUUUUUUUAUUUCACGUGAAGGAAAUGCUCUUCAGGAGAACCUGUAAACUGGUGGAGUUGGAGCAUGCGAGAAAAAACGCAGAGAAGGCCAAACCUGCCAAAAAAGCUGCUGUGAGUCCUCUAACCCAUGCAUCACAGCUCAUACAUACCAUAUAGUGACCAGCAGGUGUCAGUAGUGUUGUACUUGAAUUUAGAGCAUACAUCAUCCAUAGCUCAGAUCUCUAAAACAGUCUGCACACGCACUUUCACGUUCAUUGAUCCUUUCAUAAAUCCUAAUACACUUGGGAAUAUGCAUACAUGGAUUUCACCCUCUACAUACUUACAUUCAUCAAUAGAUGGCCAACCCAAAGCACCUUAAGAAUGAAGAUGCAUACAGAUGAGCUUGCAGAUCAGUAGUUGCUUGGGGAGAAUCGCAGCAAUAACAAAGAGCAGGACAGAGUAAAUAAAAAUUUUGACAACUGUGAAGGUGCUCGUGACUGGAGAAGAUGAUAGAGAGCACAAACUGCUUUUUAGGGUCACUAGUAAAAUACAAAUCACCACAAUGCUGCAGCGUUAAUGUGGCAAGCCAUCAUUCAUCAUUAUGCGUUUACAGGACCCACAAUGAGUUUUCCACAUUAUGAAAAAAUGUUCAUGUCAAUCAGUAAUUUUCCUCCCUCUCUGUCAAAUUAUUAAUCUGAAGUUGGAUCUUAGAAAUAAAGUUUUAAUGUGUUGGUUUUGUUAUGGUUAUGAAGAAAAAUUAUCACUAUUAUAAUAGUUAUUAUUUGGUAGCUGUUUGGAGCUUUACCCCCACACCUUAGUCAUUAAGACAAUAAGACAAUAAAUAUGGGCAGGUAAUAAGAGGGCGGUGUGUGAAGCAGCCAUUGUCACGUCUCUGUAAACUCUGUGUGCACCUUUGUAAUCUGUAGUAAAACUGAAAAAAAAAUCUCACCUGGUGACAAUCCACAGUCUCAGAAGAAAUAGACAGAACUAGUGUCACUGUGUUUUGCAUUUUUUAUGCUUUUUCUGUAACUUUAGACUGCCUGAGGAUAAGUGAGGGUACAGUCCAGCUUUGCCCAUUGGAGGAAUCUCUAAGUUGAGACAUAGUUGCACAUUAGAGUUAAAGUGUUAAUUUUUUAAUAAAUUAAAAAUGUAAAAGGCAUCAAAAUACAGUAUGUGACCUUUAUAAAUAAGACCUCUGGUCAGUUGGAAAAGUGCUCAUUUCCAAUAUUGGGUCAAAAAUUGUGAAAAAUAUCAGUAGUUUAAUUGUUUUGAGUUAAUUCAAAAAUGCUUAGUGUAGUUCGUUGUUUACUAGUUACAGUGACCAAAUUAUUAUUUUUUUCUCACAGCAUUUACUGGUUACGUAAGAAACACGACAAGACUGUAAACAUGCAACUUUGACAUCACAUGCUGCCAUCUGCUGGUUGGAAACAGCCACAGUUAAAAAAAAAUCGGAGUAGAAUUUUAAAACAAUCCGAAAAUGUCCACAUAGCGUGCUGAUAUUCAAAUCAAUAUUGAUAAAAACAGUGGUUUUCUGUACAUUGUUUUCCAAAUUUUGCUGUUUUUUCACACUUUGAUUGAUUAUAAUAAUGUUUCCCAGAAGACACCAUAGGGUUUAAGUACAAUUUGUAAAUUCCCUUUAACUGAGACAAAGCAAAUGCUGAUAAUUACAUCGAUACGCUCUCAUUGUUAUUCAGUUGGAGGAGGUCAAGAAUGCAGCAGAGGAAGGGUUCGAUCAGAUUUCUGAAGUGGCUAAAAUGGAGGUAAAACAUUGUAAUUGUUUUCUAAAUCACCUAAAGUAUGUUAAAUGAAUCAUCUAACCUCCGGUUUGUUUACAUCCAUAUGGUCUGUGUGAUGAUGUAUGAUUUUUUUUCACCUAGAUCAAACACUUCCAAGGUGUGCGAGUGGAGUUAUUCCGGCAGGCUCUGGUUGAGUGGUGUGAAAAGCAGCUUAUAACAGCCAAAGAAGGUGCUGACCAGUUCAACCAGCACCUGCAAGCCUUUAGAGAGAUGGCCUAA